AUGCUGUCUACCGUCCACUCUCUCCGCCUCGCAAAACCAGCUCUCACCACACACCCUUUAAUCCCUUGCCUUCACCUCAGCACGCCCCGUCUGCUGACCUCAAAGUCUCUGACUCUUCCCCCUCGCCUCACAGUCAAAGAAGCCGACUUCACCGAGACCUUCCUCAAAGGCUCCGGGCCGGGCGGGCAAAAAAUCAACAAGACCUCAUCCGCCGUGCAACUCAAGCACCUCCCUACUGGCAUCGUGGUGAAAUCUCAGGCUACGAGGUCGCGGGAGCAGAAUCGGAAGAUUGCGAGGAAGUUGUUGGAAGAGAAGUUGGAGGAACGGGAGAGGGGGUGGGGAGUCGGAAGGCCAUUAGGGAGGCUAAAGGGGAGUGCGGCGAAGAAGAGAAGGAGGAAGUAUAAGGCUUUGGCUGAUGGAGAGGGGGAAGAGGAGGCGGAGGAGAAAAAAGAAGGGGAAGGUGGGGAGGUUGGUGAUGAGGAUGCGGAGGGUCGGCAAGAGGACUGGGAGGGAACAGGACGGGAAGGAGAGGUGAAGGGAGAUGAAGAGGGAGAGAGAAAAAUUGCUGAGGAACGAAUUUGA